GAAGGUUCUGACCAGAAAACGAAGUCGAAUACCCCCCUCUUACAAGUACAUCAUAACCCUAGCGCGAUGACUCGGGACGAGGGGCGCAAACGUUCCAAAAUCGCAUGCCAGACGUGUCGCGACCUCAAAAGGCGAUGCGACGGCGCUCAACCAUGCGGCACGUGCGUGCGCUUCGAAUACCACUGCAUCUAUCAGACGUCCAAAUCGCGGCGAAGAAGAGAGUCCAAGCCGGACCCGGAGCGGAUCCCGGGUCUUUCCGGAGACGCCGUAUCGGCUCCGGCUCUGGUUCCGGCCCCGGCGUUUUCAGAGACGAAGCUCGCCCGCGAUGAAGCUCAGUCGGCUGCGGCGAGUAAAGUUGUUCAGGCGCGUUCCGUGGAGGCGAAUUCCUGCCCGGCAUUUGUGAGGACGUUGGCCUUGAGGCUGGAUCCGAAGAGAAACCCCAGGAUGCACAGCUUUGCCUGGAAUGCCUUUCUCGGGUCACGAUCACUACAGGCUGUGCAAUUGCAUGCUCCGCCCGCCCAGUCUAUCACGGACAUUAUUUCACAGAAGCGACUGCAGGAGCUGGCAGCUGUGUACUUUCAGAAGCUCGAUCCGAUCUAUGGCUUUGUUGAUCGUACUCAAAUUUGUCGUCGGAUACAACAGAGAUGGGCAGUGCCAAGCGUAACGCCAGAGCAAGAAGCCGUGCUCUGCGGCAUUGCUGCACUCGGCUGCCUGUUCUCGCAAGUUCAAUCUGACACUGCCGAAGUCGCGCUGGUUGAGCUAUCCCGGGCCUUGCUUGAAAGGACCCUGUACAGCACUCCUUCUGCUGACAGCAUCACGGCGUGGCUGCUUCGUGUGAUCUAUCUGAGGAUUGCCGAGACGCAUCAUGUCGCUUGGAUGGCGAGCUGCACGGUAAUGCACAUGAUUGACGCCGCUGGCUUCACCGUCGACGCACCUCAAGAGGCAAUCCUGUCCUCUCCCCACAAUGAAGUCAGUCUGGACACAAAGAAGAGGAUUGUGACCAUUGCUCAGCAUCUCAACAUUUGGAUGUCGUUCGACAUGGGCCUCACCCGGGUCUCCUUGUUCAAUCCUACUACGGCAAUGCCUUCAAAGAGAAAAGGAGACUUUACCCGCGAGCUGAUGGAACUGCUUCCGUUGUCAAUGGAGCUUGAUCCGCAGCGGAAGCCCACAGCUCUUGAGCUGGAAGACGCGCUUCAGGUCGUUCUCAACCGCGUGCACUCGGCUCCGCCGUCUAUUCUCGCCCAGUGUAACCUCGCACUCUGCCUCUGUCGGCGAUUGCGCUCCAUGGACGUUGCCCUGUCAGACUCCGUUCUCCAACAAGUCCUCAUACUCACGUCAAACGGAAUCCAGGCUGCGCAGGCUGUCCUUGCUGCGCGUACCCCUUGGCAUCAGAUGACCUAUGUGCCGUUCCAGAUUGUCUGUGUGCUGCUUGCCAUAGACACGGUUUCAUCCAUCUCGCAGCUACGAGACGCGAUGCAGUGCCUGCGAGACGUGUCUGCCGUGUACAAGACCGAGGCAACGCGUGAGGCUCUGAGGACGGCUCGUUCGCUCGUCUUGUUGCAUCAAAGGGGUAAAGAGAUGUUUGCUUCUGCGUUGAGUGAAAUACUAAAGAGUCGUCCGAUGAGCCCUGUUGAGGACGUUGAGGAUGUCCUGGAUACCUCGCCGAUGCUGUCGGAGGAUAUGCUUGGUAUGGAUAGCUUUACGGAUCAGUUUUUCGGGCUGCAGUAUAGUGAUAUUGAUCAGUUGCUCAACCCUGACUUCUUUUGGAACAUCAACAGCAAUAGGUUUGGGUAG